UCACCAAUUUUAGCAGAUUAUGUCAUGGAAGAUCUGCUGGAAGUGGUUACCAAUAACCUGAAUUUCAAAAUUCCCGUUCUGAAAAAGUACGUAGACGACCUUUUUCUCGUCCUGCCCAUAACAGAGGUGGAGAGAACACUUGAUACCUUCAACGAGUACAACCCACACCUUCAAUUUACCAUGGAACGUGAAAACGAUGGCCAACUUCCCUUCUUGGAUACACUAGUUAUCAGGUCAAAUGACCAAACUAUAAAAACGAGAUGGUAUGCCAAACCAAUCUCCUCCGGCCGCCUACUCAAUUACCACUCUUUUCAUCCAACGUCUAUGAAAAUCAACGUAGCCUCAAAUUUCAUCCAACGCGUCAUUCAACUCACCACGGAUGCUUCUGCACAACAGCAAAAACAAAAAAUCUUCCAGUACCUUCGUCAAAACAAUUACCCUUCGUCACUCAUCAACCGAAUGCUCAACCGAAUCAAUGAAAACCCCGCUCAUCAAUGGAUACAACCCACCUCAUCAAUCGUGAACAUACAACACAAUCUGUCUCAAUCAUCGCCUUCCAACAUCCAAAGCACAUCAUUGUCACCGCUGCCCACCACAUCAUCGCCGCCCAGUCCACCUUUUCUGAUCAUUCCGACACAUACCCCAUCAAUAGAUCCAUGCGACGUAAACACCAGCCAAACUCCAAGAUCUCAACCAUCCAGUCCACCAAACGAAGCCAAUCCAAACAGCCAAGAAACCGCCUAUAGAUCCAUGCUCAACAUUCCUUUUCUGACGACGACCAUCUCCAACAUCCUGAAAAAAGACUUCAAAAACAUAAAAAUAGCCAGACAAAAUUUCAAAACAACAAAAUCCCUGCUGAAACCAGUUAAAGAUCCAGUGCUUCCAUAUGACCAACACAACGUCAUAUACAACAUUCCAUGUAACGAUUGCGAUCAAGUUUAUAUUGGUAUGACCACCAACAAUUUAAAAAAACGUAUCAGUGGACACAGAUGCGACAUAAACAAGAUUAGCAAAAGCCCAGAAAAUAACAUACACGCCAAAACAGCCCUCAUCCAACAUAUGAUAAACAAUCAACACACCUUCAAUCUAGACAACACACAAAUAAUAGAUCGUACAUUUCGACAAACAGCCCUACCAAUAUUAGAAAUGUGUCAUAUUCAAAACACACCUAAUACAGUAAACUACCGUACUGAUGUGGAGGGUCUGAAUAUAACAUACGCAGGUAUACUCCACACCGUUAAAGCCAAUUCCUCGCGCAGAGGAAUUGCUCACCACCACACUAGAUCAGAAAGUGUAAAUGAGUCUGAACAGAUGAGAAUUUUAUAG